AUGGCGGGGGAGCGCCGGCGCGCCUGGCAUCGCUUUGCGGCCGGAGGCCUCGGCGAGAUGUUUGCGGUCAGCUUCUCACAUCCCGCCGAUGUGCUGAAGGUCCGCCUACAGCUCACCGGCGAGUGCGACAGCUCCCUGAGGACGUUGCGCCUGAGGGACAUGACCGCCGUGGCGCGCAAGCUCGCCGUGGAGGAAGGCCCCAGGGGCCUCUACGCCGGCAUCACGGCGGCCUGGUUGCGCCAGGCCGUCUUCGGCACUCUCCGGCACGGCCUCUAUGGCGUCUUGGAAAGCUGCGGCCAGGUGGACGGGGGACCAGUACCUCUGCUCUGGCGGCUACAAGCCGGUCUGGCCGCCGGCGUCGUCGCCGCGGUGGUAGCCAACCCAACGGAUGUGGUACUCAUUCGCAUGCAGUCGGACGCGGGCUGGGCCCCACAACAUCGCCGUUUGUACCGCCACGCCGUGCAUGGCCUGACGCGGGUGCUUCAUGAGGAAGGAUGGAAGGCUCUGUACCGCGGCGUGGGACCAACCACUGCUCGCGCGGCGCUGGUGACGAUGUCGCAGCUGGCCACCUACGAGGAGGUGAAGUCACGCGCUCUGGCGGCGGGUGCGGUGGAAGGCGUGAGGCUGCAUCUCAGCUGUGCGAUGGCAUCUGCCACGGUGGCCUGCUUGGCCACACAGCCGGUAGACUGCGUGAAGACUCGCAUCAUCAACAUGCAGCAGACUUGCGGCAUCUCCUAUGCAGGCCCACUUGACGUCAUUCGGAAAACGUUGGCCACGGAGGGCAUCCUUGCGUUCUACAAAGGUCUGUCUGCCACGUUCCUGCGACUCUGGCCCCACACAGUGCUUCUGUGGCUCGGCCAGGAGUUCGUCGGCGCGCGGUUGCGCGCUUGGGAGCGCUGA